GCAGGAGUUAGGACGGUGGCAACAGCUGAUGGGUUGAGGUGCUGUGGCAGGGAGUCUGGGGACGUGAUCAACUGUAUUUGCUCUACUCUCAUCGGCAAGAUGUCACUCACGUGCUUUACUAAGUCAACAAGACCCUUUGAAGGCCAAAAACCUGGUACCAGUGGACUAAGGAAGGCUGUCAAAGUCUUUCAGCAGGAAAAUUACACUGAAAACUUUGUACAAUGUAUCCUAAGUGCCAUGGGUGGUUCCUUGACGGGCUGCACACUUGUGGUUGGUGGUGACGGCCGCUUCUUUGGAAAGGAAGCUGUGGAUAUUAUCAUCAAGAUGUGUGCAGCAAAUGGGGUGCGGAAAGUGAUUGUAGGUCACGAUGGCAUCCUGUCAACACCAUGUGUGUCUUGUGUGAUCCGGAAAUACAAAACUGCUGGUGGUAUUGUCCUUACUGCCAGCCACAACCCAGGUGGACCAAAUGCUGACUUUGGCAUUAAGUUUAAUAUCUCUAAUGGAGGUCCUGCUCCGGAUGGUGUCACCAAUGCUAUAUAUGAUCUCAGCAAACACAUUGUGGAGUACAGAAUAUGUCCUGAAGUCAAGUGCAAUAUUUCUGUAAUUGGAAAGCAAGAGUAUGUGGUUGACUCUCGGCCAUUUACGGUGGAGGUGAUUGAUUCUGUUAAUGACUACGUGGAAUACAUGAAGGAGAUAUUUGACUUCGGCAUCAUUAAAGACCUUAUUCGUGGAGCCUCAGGAACGCCUCUCAAAGUUCUUAUCAAUGCAAUGCAUGGAGUGACUGGACCGUAUGUUCGCCGCAUCUUCUUGGAAGAACUUGGAGCCAGCGCUGAUAGUGCUGUCAAUAUUGAACCUUUGGAAGACUUUGGAGGUCACCACCCAGACCCCAACUUGACAUAUGCAGCUGACCUGGUUAAGGCCCUCAAGGAAGGAGAGUAUGGCUUUGGUGCAGCCUUUGAUGGAGAUGGAGACCGCAACAUGAUCCUGGGCCACAAGGCUUUCUUCGUGACUCCCUCAGACUCGGUAGCAGUUAUUGCAGACAACACUGACUAUAUUCCUUACUUCAAAAAGCAUGGUGUAAAAGGAUUGGCUCGCAGUAUGCCCACAGGCUGUGCUAUUGACAGGGUUGCUGAGAAGAAGGGGAUGGAGGUGUUUGAAGUUCCAACUGGCUGGAAAUAUUUUGGAAACCUGAUGGAUGCUGAUCGACUCUCCAUCUGUGGUGAGGAGAGCUUUGGAACUGGAAGUGACCACAUUCGUGAGAAAGACGGCAUAUGGGCAGUGCUGGCAUGGUUAUCCAUUUUAGCUGGUCGCAAAAUGUCUGUAGAACAGGUCCUGCUGAGUCAUUGGGACACAUAUGGCAGAAACUUCUUCACCAGAUAUGAUUAUGAGAACUGUGAGAGUGAACCUUGUAAUAAAAUGAUGGCUGUCUUGGAUGCCAUGGGUAGUGACAAAUCCAUGGCAGGGAAAAAACUCUCUUAUGGAGAUAAGACUUACACUAUUGCCAAGAUUGAUAAUUUUGAGUACCGGGAUCCCAUUGAUGGUACUGUGGCAAAGAAUCAGGGCGUUCGCAUAUUAAUGAGUGAUGGGUCACGUGUUGUGUUCCGGCUGAGUGGCACUGGCAGUUCAGGUGCCACGGUCCGUUUGUAUAUCGAGAGCUACGAGUCAAAUUCCUCUACUUUUACAAAGAAUGCACAGGAAGUCUUGAAGCCUCUGGUUGAAAUUGCUCUCCAGUUAUCCAAGCUUACAGAAUUCACUGGACGCACCCUGCCCACCGUAAUCACCUAGAUACUUUGUGACAAUUUGGCCCUGGGAAAAAAAACCUCCUCAGUGAAUCCACAGUAUUUGAAAGUAUGAAUCUUAAGCUGCUGAUGACAUAAGAUAUCAUACUGAAGAAGAAUAAAAUGCAAUUAAGGUGGAUAGUGAAAAACUGUCAAUUAUUAUACUGUACACCGUUUAUAUUUUUGUUGUUCAAAUUUUGCAUCAUAUUGGAUUCCUAGUUUUGUAUUUUGGGCUUCCUUACCAAAUAAACCAUUUAUUAUUUCUAGGUUCAUCACUGUGGCUGUGGAGGAAUAAGUGACAGUAGACUUUGGCAACAGAGGUCAAUAAUCUAUCUUGGUAUCCAGGACAGUUAAAAGAAAACUCAGUCACACAAUUAAGGAUACAAUCUUCAAUAAAAUAUUAGAUAUUGUACAAACCAAAACUUGAUCUGUUACAAAUGUUGAAAUUAUAUUAAGGUUUAUCAUAUAAUGUAAAAAAAAAUUACCAAAGAACUAUUACAAUUUUAUAUUUUGGGCUUCCUAUACUGCACUAUAUCCAGCCAGUGUGAACUGCUAGUCAUACAAAACUGCCGACUGUAGUCAUGAGAAACAUUGUGAUAUGCAAUAAAAGUUUAAUGUUUUAUAAUUAAACAUACUUAAAAAAAUUAUUUGAGAGAUAGGUGUGGAAGAUUGGGUAUGUAUUCAGUACGAGUGUAUGACAAAAUACUUUCAAGAUUUGUCUAAAAUAUGUUUUUGUUAAAAAGUCUUGAAUGUAAUUUUAAUCUAUUACCUAAUUUAUUAUUCAACUUAUUAUACUGUAUAUCUUUAAAAAAGGUCGGCUUCAUCCUUUCAUUAGUACAGGACAGGGAAAAAAAUUAAUUUAAUAUUUCCUGACAAGGGUGACUGAGAAUAACUCAUUGAUUGUAUUAGGGAGCACUUGAUAAAACAUGUCUUACAUAUGUCAGUCAGGUCAGGAAUUUGGCUGACUAAACUUAAUUAAAAAAAAUUGGUAUUUUAUUCUCCCAGUCAUGAAAGAUUCUGAUACUGUAUGAGUAUUAAGUUUAUUGUUGUCAAAAUGGAUCUAACUAUAUUUUUUCUAGGUGUACUCUACUGUACAUCUGAAAAAUAUUCACAAUUUUCAGUAUCAAACAUAUUUUAUUACUAUUUUAGUUUAACAUUUUAGCCAUGUUCUCCACUUAUACUGUACUGUAUUAUAUACUUUAAGUGACCAUGACAUGUUGGAUACCACACUAGUUUCCUGAUCAGUAAGGUAGAACAUCAUUUGGUUCUGUGAUAUUUCUCGGGUCAUUAUGGUAAACCAUCUGGUGGUAACUCGGACAAGAAGUUAUGCCAAGGGUUCAGCAUUUCUUAUUUCACCUAGACCCUCGCCGUAAGAAAGAUUUUAUUUUUUCUUUCAGCAAUGAUUCCAGCCCCCAUGUUAACCAAUUUUUCAUGCAUGGUCCUGAAAUUUCAAAAACUUUUGUUACUGAUCCUUUCAGGUGUACACAUUAUAUUGGGUACCAAAGUAAGCUUCCUUGAAAAUUUUAGAGAAGUUUUCUGAACAGUGAGAAAUCAUACUGAAUAUUUGUUUUUUGAUGACAAAAGAUGAAGCAAAUAUUCAUUCACCAUAAUGCUUUGGCUACCAUUGGCCUUCAUAAAAAAAAAGGUCAUCCAUUAGCAUAGCUAGGGGGGGGCGGUCCGCCCCGGGCGGCACACACACUAGCUACGCCACUGAGGUCAUCCAACUGUUUUUGUGUUGUGCCUACUUGUGUUGCUGCUACUAAAGAGUUACUAGGGCAGGUAUGUUCCCAAACACUGGUACACACUCAUUGCUGUGCCUCUGCUGCUGGCAGUAUUUUGUAGCAAUAAAAUGUUGAAUAUU